UCAUAAAAACACAAAUCUAAGAGACGGAAGUAAUAGCAAUAAUGGAUAGAUCAGGAUAUUCCAAAAAAAAGGUUCCUUCUGAAGAGCAAAAAAGAAAUCUACAGAAAGCAGCCAUGCAAGAAGUGUUACCUGGAUAUGAGGAUUACUUAGUGCUGCUACAGGAGAGAAACAGAUUGCUGAAGAAAAUGAGGAAGAAAAGUAAGAAACAAAUUGACAACGAAAGAAAAGAACAAGGUUUCUCUAUAUAUGUAAGUGGUGCCAAUGCCGGAAAACAGAAGCAGAGAGUUUCCUCUCAUCAAGAGGAAAGAACUGACUCACCUGAGCCGAUUACAGAAAGGCAGAGACUAAAGACUGCUGGUGAUGUGUCCCAGAAAAGGGUCAUUAGUCAUAGAGAUCUGGAAGUCAUAGCUGCAGAGGAGAAACGAAAGAUCGAGGAGAAAAAACGUGUAAAAACUGCCCCUGCUCGAGAACGUCGGAGGAACUGGUUGGCAGGAUCAGUCAACAUUAAAACAGAGCGUGGUGAAAAAUGUCACUUAAAAGCCCCAGAGAUAGUGACCGGAAACUACGAGGAUGAUUUUGAGGACAGUGAGGAUGAGGAGGGUGACAAAAAACACAAAAAGUUUAAUUCUGCUGGUGAAGAUGACGAUUCUGAUAGUGAGAUAGAAAUCGAUGCUUCCAAAUUCACUAAAUCACCAGUAAAAACUUCACAACCUAAGAAUGUACCUUCAAGGACGGUACACUCUGCACCGACUGUUCAACAGAGAAAAUCAAAAGCAGCUAAAAAUAAACCUCCACCACCCAAAUCAGAGUCUGAGUCUGAAGAAGAGAAUGAAAAACUCAUGCUGAGUAUAGCAGAUGUCAAGAAACUUCGACAGAGUCUGGCAAUGAACAGAAGUAUUCGUGAAAGUUUGGCCAAGGAAGUUAGCAGUGAUCUAUCAGAUGAUGAAGAAGUCCCAGAAUGCUUAGAUCAUAAUGGCUCUUCACAGGAUGAGGGGGAGUCGGAGCGGGCAUCCCCCAUCCCUGAGGAGGAUAUCGAGGAGGACUUGGUCCCUGCUAUGGACAGUGUGUGUUUAGAAGACAAACAGAAAUAUAAACCCACUUCAUUUAAACCAACAGACACCAUUGUGUUAGAGCUAGAGGUCCCUCCCUCUAAGAAUAAAGUCCAGAAGAAUUUGUCUGCUGCAAGAAAGAAAGACCUGGAUGAAGAUUUAAGUGAAUAUAAAUCAAAAAGGAAAGAACCUUUAAAACCCACAGCAACUUCUCAAUCAAACCAGAAAAAACCCUCCACCCGUCCUUUGUCAGCAAGUCGUAUCAGCACUAAGACAGUGACUGACUCGCAAGAAGAGGCGUCAGCAGUGUUAGAGGCCAUGAGAGCAGAAAAUGAGCAGGCCUCAAAGCUCAAAAAAGAGGCACCUAGAAAGCUGCCACCAACUCCUAAACAGAGACUCCGCCCUGCCAGUGCUGGUCACAUUCCGUCCUCUCCACUUCCAUCCGCCGAGAUUCGGCCUUCUCCACGCUCCAGAGAUUCUCCACGAACAUCUGUUAAGGAAAGCAACCAGUCUACAGAUGUAGGAAAUAGUGUCAACGUACAGGACAGCUUCCUAGCAAAUGACAGAAUCUCAGAAGUCAUGAAAAAAGUUCUCCUCAUGCAACCAAAGCAGCAGAAAAGGUUGAUGAAGGUCCUCAGUAAGAUUGACUCCUCUGUAGAUGACGAUGAAGAAAAGUCAGGUCGGCCUCCAUCUUCUAAACCAGUGAAGGCCAUGCGGCCAGUUAAUGAUAUGGUCAACAAAAGUUCAAAGAGAUCAGUUGGGAAAUUUUCACCAAAUGAGGACAGUAUAGAAGUGAAUCUUGAAUUGACCUCUAACUGGGGUCACAAGAAUCUGAUUGGUCUGACAGAAAUCCAAUUCUAUGACAUGGACAGACAACUCCUUCCUGUCCGUAAGGAGGAUGUCACUGUUCAUGGAGGCUCACAACAACAGAACUCCAUUGAUGUCUUGUUCAAUGGAAAAACAAAGACAAACAAAGAGAGGAAUAUGUGGUGCUGUAAAUUUAGGAAAUCUGUUCCAGUAGAGAUCUGUUUAAGUCUUCAGACAAGGAAACCCCAUACAGAAGUGUCUAGAAUUAAAAUCUGGAACCACAACAAGAGUAUCACGGACUUGGAUAUUGGUGUGAAACAUGCCCGAAUAUUUGUUGGUGGAGUUCUGGUUUUUGAUGGCAAUAUUGAGAAGGGUUGUGGAAACCAGGUUUUUGAUUAUGGUUGUGUGAUAUCACUGAAAGACAAUGGUGACAAAAUCUCUCCCCGUGAUCCAGGAAACAGCCCUAGCCCUAUCAGUCUUUCCCCAGUGAUCCACACUCGAUCUCCUACCUCCGACAAAGCAUCCUCACAGAGGAAGUCACAAAACACCCACACACCCUCACCCUCAGCAGACAAUGCUCAAAGAAAUCCAUUUGAACAAGCUUUUACUAGGUCUUCCAAAUCCAAUAUUCGAUCCCCUUCUCCAUCUCCAAGGGUGCCUCCAUUGGAUCUUAGACAGAAUGGACCCUCCCCAUCCUCAGGGGAUGGUCCAGUGAUUCGCAGUGAGACACGUACCAUGAAUCAUGCAGAAAGGGACAUUCAGCGACCUGUAGUGACCUCAGACAGGUCAGGGUCAGAGGCAGAGGAGGUGCACUAUAAAGGUCGUAGAAACUGGUCCCCACCAACUGGUGAACUGUUUGAUGAAGACCCUCGGCAGUUUUGGGUGGAUAUAAAUCCCAAAAAGGAAGAUGAGUCCAAAGUGGCAGGAAAACAAAAGGGUGGUUCAAAAACACCCCGGAAGUCGAAGCGAAUGGCAGCCAAACUUGAUGGGCAUUCCUCCACAGAAGGGGAGAUCACUGCUAGCAACAGUUCCAAGAAUGCCAGUGAAAGUGCUGAUGUAAGAAGUCCUAAAGGAAGUGGUAGGAAGCCUGAUGAAAGGCCAGGAUCAGUCCACGACAAGAGGACGGCUGAGGCAGCAAAACCAUCCCAGGUCGAGGAUGUUAAAAAUAACACGUCGGACGAAUCUCUGCUACAAAGUCAAGACGACAUACCCAUGUUACAGAAGCUUAAACAGAUGAACCAAAACAGCAAGUUUAACAUGUAUAACGAGGACAGUCAAGCAAACAUUACGAGGCGCCCAGUUUGGUUGGAUAAGAUGUUACUAGGCCGCAAUAAGAACAUUAUGGACCAGAAAAGGAAAAAAGAUGUCCCAAAAUGGUUAAAACAAGAGGAAUCUGCAGGUCCAUUUGAAAAUCCACCAAGUCGAGGAGGAAGUCGCCAAGAUGUUCCAGCCCCCCUCCCUCUAAAAGAUCACAUGAUUCAACAGGAGGAUGUAGACAUGUUAAUCGAUGAGGAACUGGCUCUGUGGCCAGAAAGUGGGAAGCCUGAUUUGAAGACUGUAUUUGAUACAGACAAGAAACCCCCACCAUCUUCAUCCAAGUCUGGAAAAGAAUCAGACAGCGCAACUCCCAUGAAGAAAAUUCAACAGAAUCGAGCCAAGUGGAGAGACAAUCAGAAGAAAAACUUGGAGGAGUCAUGGGGCUCACUCAAUAUGUUUGACCGACACCAGAAGGGGAGGAUUUCAAUGGAUUUAGAUGAUGAUGCUCUAGAUGAAUAUCUACAACUGUCCUCUAAGAAAGCCACGCCCAAUCAACCGUCAAUCAAAGAGGAGACAGAGGAGGCGGAGCCAGCGACAACCACAGAGGAAGACUCUGAAGACAACUUUGUGAUCCCUGAGCUGCCUUACGGGAAGGAGCUGGUCAUUAACAUUAAAACUACAUGGGGUGAUAAGCAUUAUGUGGGUCUGACUGGGAUAGAGCUGUUCUCUAGUACUGGAGAGUCUGUCAAUGUCUCAAAGAUCACAGCCAAGCCCCUGGAUAUUAAUAUUCUUAAGGAUUAUGAAAAAGACCCUAGGGUAGUGACCAACUUAAUUGAUGGGGUGAAUCGCACAAGGGAUGAUGUUCAUAUGUGGCUAGCACCCUUCAGUCCUAAUGGAGACCACUUCAUAUACCUCACACUUGAAAAACCUUGCCAAAUUGCUCUUAUGAGAAUAUGGAACUACAAUAAAUCUCGUAUUCACUCAUACCGUGGUGCUAAGGAUGUGGAGAUUCAGUUGGACAACAAUGUGAUAUUUGUAGGAGAGAUUGCUCGAGCUUGUGGAGGGAUAGAGGGUGGAACUGAGGCAUUCGGUGAUACCAUCCUGUUCACAACAGAUGAGAACAUUCUGGAGGCUGUGUCUAAGAAUGAUGACGCUUAUGAGGGUGACAUGUUAGAUGACACGGAACCAGAUGAUGUUCCAUUCGAGCGACCAAGUACAGCUGACGCUGGAAGUGAUGAGGACCGACCGUUCACUCGAGCUCAGGGAAAUCUGAAGAAAGAGGAAGAAGCUUCUAUCCCAUCCCGCCCAGCUACCAGUAUGGUUACAGAGGGGGAUGUCAUUGUGUUCAAAGGAAAAAGUCUUCAGCUGAACUUCACAGACACUUGGGGUGACCUCCAUUACCUCGGUCUGACAGGACUAGAAGUUCUAGGAAAAGAUGGAGAAGCUUUUCCCGUCUCUCUUGAUAUGUUAAAAGCCAGUCCCUCUGAUCUCCAUCACCUGCCAGGUCACGAACGAGAUGACAGGACACUGGAUAAAGUAAUCAAUGGUAAUAAUGUGACGUGUGCUGACGAGAACAUGUGGUUGAUUCCAUUCAAUGAAGGCCAGAAUCACACACUUACAGUAAACUUCAGUCAGUCAUUAAUGAUGGCAGGGCUGAGAGUGUGGAACUACAACAAGAGUCCCGAGGACACUUAUAGAGGUGCUAAGAUUGUCCAUGUGAAGAUUGAUGGUAAACAAGUAUCUCCCCCUGAUGGCUACCUCAUCAGAAAGGGACCUGGAUACUGUUAUUUUGACUUUGCUCAGGAAAUUGUGUUUGCUGCCCAGCAAAAACCUGCCAUACCCCCCACUUCAGAAACUAAGAUGGAGUCCUCAGUUAGGAGUUCUGUCACAGAUGAUGGUGAAUACGAGUCAGUUCAGAUGCCUUGUGGUUUUAUUUACCAGUUACACCUGAUUUCCACAUGGGGAGAUCCGUACUAUGUGGGUCUGAAUGGAAUCGAGAUGUAUGAUGCCAGUCACAACAAAAUAGAACUGACAGAAACAAAUAUAGCAGCAUAUCCAGACAGUGUGAAUGUCCUUGCAAAUGUACAGAAUGAUGUAAGAACACCAGACAAGCUUAUAGACGGAGUUAAUAGUACGACUGAUGGUAGACACAUGUGGCUAGCUCCCAUCUUACCAACUACAUUAAACCGGGUGUAUGUGAUAUUUGACCAGCCUACAGCAGUGUCUAUGAUAAAAAUCUGGAACUACAGCAAGACUCCAAACAGAGGAGCCAAGGAUAUAGCUCUGUUGGUUGAUGACCUGUUGGUGUACAAUGGAAUGCUACAGCCAGUGAGGGCAGGGGCCAAGGGCAUCGUCCCUAACUGUGACACACCUCAGACUUAUCAUACCAUCCUCUUCACUGACAAUAAAGACAUCAUCAGGAAGGAAAAACAUUCCAUUAUCAGUAACCAAGCAGGAGAACAGGACAUCCAGCUGACCAAUGACAAGAUUGUAGUGGGUCAGUAUAAUGACCCAAAGAAGGCCCAGCAGGGAAAACCAGUCAACCAAGAGCUGAGACCAAAGACCAGUGUUGUGGCCCACAAGAACAGGAGAUGAUGACCUGGGAAACAAGAGCUGGCCCUGGGGAGGUGGAUUCUACAUUAGUGGAACUGCCAUUUGCUUAGAACACACAAGAACCCAUUUGAUUUCUGUUAAUGCAGUGUAGAUAGAUUCCAAUAUAUACUGUGUGGUAUCGAUUGAGAUAUUCUGCUUUUGAAUAUCAUUACAGUUACUAUUACAAAAAAAAAAACCAGAUAGGCAUGUACAAUAUGUGGGAAUCUGCUUUGCCCAGUUUGAAAAAUCCUAGUUAACCUCAUCUGGCAACAUAUUUUAUGAAGCAAAUGGUUAUUUUUCUUCAAAUAAAUGACUUAAUAUCUAGCUACUGCUCACAUUCCAUAUAUGCAUGUAUAUAUAUUGUACAGUAUGUUACUGAAUGAUUCAGUUGACAGAUUAGUGCUUUGAAAUAUGUCAUAUGGUGAAGAGACCGUGGUGGUAAAUUUACCAAGCA